CUAUUUUCCUCUGUCGGUAUUCCUAGUAGAUAUUUACAAGUAGCCAACGGACUUGUAUACGUAUGCAGUAUAAUCAAAACUAUGGAUAUUAAUAAUCAUACGGACUUAAUACGACAAGAGAUAAUAAAAAAUCAUUUACAAUUCACUGCUUUAAUACAAGAUAUACAACAAUGUACUGGCCCUUUAGAAUUACUCAAUGAACUUAAUGCAGAAGGAAGGGAAAAAAUUACAGCAUUAAGAUCCAGUAUAGAUAAAUUGACUUCUCUAGCUGAAACCGAAAUAAAUGAAAAGGAAAGAGCGGAAUUGUUAGCUGAAGUUGAAACAUACAAAAAACAAUUAACUGCAUCCCUUGGGACAUUUCGUAAAGCCAAUGUCAUUAGUGCAUGUAUCAUAGAUAAAUUGGCAAGAGAAGAUUUACUUUCAAUAUCCGAAGAACAACAAAAUGCUCUUCGUAAAAGACGGGAUAAGCAGGGUUUAGCAAGUGCAUCUAGUCAAGUGACAGACAAACUAUUAAGUAUUUCGAGACAUUUAGCUGAAACUACUCAGAAAAGUGGGGACACAUUAGACACACUGUUAACAUCAUCCGACAAAGUGUCUAGUACUAAAAAUGAAUUAGAACAUCAACAGCAGGUCAUAGUACAAUCGGGAAAGUUGUUAGGGAAAUAUGGUAGAAGGGAGGUCACAGACAAAGUGCUACUUGUUUUAGCAUUUGCUUUUUUCCUUGCUUGUGUCUUUUAUAUUUUACAAAAGCGACUGUUUUGAAGAGGUACAAAUGCCUUCUACACAUUAGUUAUACCAAUGUAUAAGACAAUUCCAAAUCUAUUCCUUACUUUAUUUAUAAUAUAAUGAUCUUACGAUCUAUGAAGUACGGCGAAGUGAUUACUCGUUAGAGCGAAAUUUUAUGAUUAUUUUUAUUUAUUAUGGGAUCAAAUUACAUAUUUACAAAAUAAUUUAUUAAAAAAGGAUCAGUCGGAUAUAUAAUAUUUGUACUGAUUUUAUAAAGGAUAUUAGAGCAUAUAUUUUAGGUACUAUGGACAUUGUUUUCAGUCUAUGUUACCACCAAAAAUUAUUAAAUUCUGUCAGUUGAUUUUGAAUAAGAGUGUCCUGUAAGAAAAAGAUAAUAAUCUUUUUUUCUUAAAGAAUAUUACGUUAAAUGCCUUUCUAUCGUUUCUUGUCAGUUAAAGAUUUUGCAAUAAAAAAAUAAUAAUAUUAUUUAUUAUGUAAUUAAACUCUAAUAAUUGUUCGUACAUUUUUGCAGCUGGCUAUGAAUUCCUCUGUGGAUAUCAUUCCGUCCUUAUCAGUAUCCAUCUUUUCAAAAAGUCUGUCCACGUGCCUGUUUACCAUACUCCAAACAGUUUGAUCAUUGUUUACCAUUUCAUAAAUUGCAAAGAUAGCGGUGAUCAUCUCGUGUUUCGAGAUCCAACCGUCGCCAUUCAAAUCAUAAAAUCUAAAAGCAAAGUAAGUUGACGAAGAUAUUCCAAACGCGUCUCAUUUUACGAUCUUUUUCGAUCUCACGGUGAACACAAUGUAUUCUUACUGAAAUAUCCAUCUAAGCUUUUCAUCGGUAGUUCCUUUUACGAUCGUCGCUAUUCCUAGAAGCAAAUCUCCAAAGGUGACAAUGCCGUCCUUAUCUUUAUCAAAAUUAUUGAAUACCAUUUGUGCAUAUUUUGCAGAAUCACCCAGUGGAAAGAGUUUCGCAUAGGCUGGCUUGAUAUCGUUGGUAGUAACGAUUCCUCUUGGACAAUACUGUUUGAAAGCACGAUAUAGUCUUUGUAUCUCUUCCUUUGAAAAUCCUGUACCGUGGAUCAAAGAAGACAAUCGUUCUGGAAGGACGUACGUUUGCUGCUUUUCUUCGUCCUGAAAAUUCUCUGCGAAUAUGUAUACGCGAUAAGAAGAGAUGGGGGAUAGAAACUCGAAAGGAACUUCAUGUCAUAUUAAUUAUCUUAAUAAUUAAUGCGUCUUAUAAUAUAUACCGGUUAUUCUUUGAAUGCUCUUUUUAACUUUUUUAAGGCUACGUUGCAUUUUCCAUGACAAGCUAGGUCGACGCGGAACUUCCGAUCUAUCUUGAUCACUAUUAUAGGACAUAAUCGUAUUUAUGAAUGAUUACCCUCAGUUAAUGGGCAUCAUUUCGUUUCAAAGAAGCCAGGCGCAAUAUUACAAAAAGAAACAAAUAAAUCAAUAUGAGAAUCGUUAAUGGCUGAUUUGCAGAUCCGAUAUAACAAAAGUUUUUAUCGUCACAUUAAAACAUGUGUUUGACAAUUAGCAUAAAAAAUCGAUUGAUCGGUUCUCUUCCGAUCGCGCUUAUUUUGUUUCAAAGUUGCCUUUGGCGGUACUCCAAGAGAGAGUGACGUCGCAUUAAAAGAAUCGGUGAUUCGUUAAAGUAAGCCGCCCGCCGCAGACGAAAGCGCAGAAACCGUCUCAAUCGCGAACUGAACGGAACUGACGCACGUGGCAUCGAUGACCCUUGCUGUUGACUAUGAGAAGCGGUUUCGAGGAAACCAGUCGCUAAAAUAUUUAGACGAUUCCUCGUGACCCUGCUUCUCUGCUAGAUUUUCAACGAUAUGCCUGGCUCUUUGAGCAGGCACAGUGCCACGAAACGUAUUAAAGAACGUUUGAAAUCUUAAGAGCCUUUAAACGAUUUCCUUGUUUUAUUUUCAAGUUUUCUAAUAUCGUAUUUGGAAACACGUAAAUAAUUCCAGUAAUUUUCCGUUCAUUUCGUUUUUAUUUCUUUUCCUACUUGUUGAUAGUAUAUAGAUGUUGUUUUAUCAAAAGAACGUAGCGACCACUUGAUAUUCACUCGUGUAAAGUUAUUCCUUCGGAAUACAAAUAAUUUCCACAUGCACGAUGGAGGGAUUUUCUUUGUUACAUUUAAUUCAUAUAUUCUCGAGAACGUUCCUUUCGACGACGAAAUAUAUCUUGAAAUAAUAAAAAAUAAUAGUUCUUUCUUUUCAUUCUAGAAAGAUGACCGUGAAAGUUAUUGUUAUCAAUGGUCGAGAUUCGUCAUUGUUAACCCUGUCAUAUCUAAUAGAGGUUUCUUUUUUCUUUUCAUCCUAGGAAGAUGACCAUGACCAAUUAUUCUUAUCUAUCAACGGUCGAGGUUCACCAUUGCUAACUCUUUCACAAUCAAUAAUGAUCCAUACGAUAAAUAGACAUAUUUCCAAGAUACGUACUCGUUACCGAAUUAUAGAAAAUCGGAUUGCGGUGAACUGCUUCGGAUAAAACGAAAUUUUUUUUCUAUUAGGAAUUGUAUUAGAAAUAUAAAAGGCAAAAUGUAUCCUCAAGCACGGAUCUGUUGUCAACGAACGAGCGUGUUCGCAUGUUUAAUCGUUACGAUUUUUCUGAGCGGUGGUAGGGCAAGCUUGUGGUAUAUAAAAGAACAGUCAAUAGUGUCUUGAAGAGAAGAGUGGUGCAUAAAUUGGAGCAGUAAUAUAUUUAGAGGGGGAAAAAAAAAGAAAAAAAAGAAAAAAAAAGAAAAAAAAAAAAAACAGCAUUCCUUUCACGCCAAUCCAAAUCCAGCGAAGAUGAAAACGUUCUUUCUCCUCUCAUUAUUGAUUGGCAAUGUUUUUUGCGCACCAUGGUUGGAUAUACUUUUAGGACAACAACCUUAUUCUAAUCAGAGAUCUGAUUAUUAUCUAAAUCAAGGUUAUCGGCAACGUCGAGGAAAAGCCGGUAAGGAACGUUGGAGAGAAAUUUGCAGAACGAUAAAUCCCGAUCCUUAUGCAUAUCCAAGACGCUCAUCUUUCCCUGUUCAACCAGUUUGUCCAUGGUAAUAUCUUAUGUUCCAUGAUUACAUAUUUCAAAUUCGUCGUAUUGACGUGUUCGUGCCAAAUAUUAGAGAUUAAGGUACACGAUUGUUAUUAAAAAUGUUAGUUUUAAAAAUAUGAAUUUAUUACAAUAAAAUUCUAAAUUCUAUUUAAAAGUA